AUGUACACCUCCACCAUCCUGUCUUCCCUCCUCUUCUCCGUCGCCGCGCUGGCUGCGCCAACCACCAGCCCAAACCACCCCUCCUCGCCCGCUACCCUCUCCACCCAAACCGACACCAGCUCCAUCGACAACGUCCUCCCCCCAAUCGUCCCCGUCAACACCCGCGCCGGCAACGCAGACCUCAUCACAAAGCUCAUGACCGCCCCCACCCAGCAAGAGCGCGUCCGCCUCCUCAACCAGCCCGGCGACUUCGUCUUCGACUUCAACGACGCCGGCGCCCCGACGGGCUCCGAGUCCCGCGGCAAGGGCGGCUUCUCCACCUCGGCCACCGCAAAGACCUUCCCGGCCCUCAUCGGCAACGGCGCCGCCAUGACGCUCGGCUUUCUCGGCCCCUGCGGCAUGAACACGGCCCACGUCCACAACCGCGCGACCGAGCUCAACGUCAUUGUCAAAGGCCGCCUCGUCACAAACUUUGUCGUCGAGAACGGCCUCGACCCCAUCGCCAACACGAUGGAGACGUACCAAAUGUCCGUUUUCCCCCAGGGUGCCAUCCAUCAGGAGUUCAACCCGGACUGCGAGGACGCCGUCUUCGUCGCCGGCUUCAACAAUGUCGACCCGGGCGUCGAGCAGGUUGCCCAGGCCUUCUUCAACCUCCGCCCGGAUGUCGUCUCGGCUACCCUCGGCGGCGUGCAGACCAUUGACGGCGCCGACCUCGAGAGCUUCCGUAAGCACAUCCCUGCCAACAUUGCUCUCGGGAUCGACGCCUGCUUGAAUAAGUGCGGCAUCAAGCGCAACGCGAAACGCGACCUCAACGAGAUCUUUGGCGCUCCUCAGAACUAA